AUGGAAGUGCUUACAAGAAAGAAUAACUUGCUGCGAAUUAACAGCACAACAGGAAAAGUCUCUGUUGUCAGGAAUAACAUUACAAUGUACAAAAAGACAGACGAGUACACUGUACUGGCCACGCCAAAUUAUCUGGAAGUACUUUCUGGAAAGAAGCUUUAUCUUAGUCUAUUCCGAAAGGUAAACAAUGUGCACAUUCUCCCAAACCCGGGCGCACAGACAAAGAAUUCCGUGCGUAUAUACUUAAUAGGAGACCGGUACAUAGAGUAUUUGGAAGACACCCAGAUACAAAGCGAAGUGGAAACAUCACGAAACAUCAACGACACUUGCAUAUACAACAACAUAAUUAUAGCUUUGCAGAAUAGCAAGAUAACACUUUACAGCAAAUACUUGAAGAAACUCGACGAGAUCAAGGUAAGCAUGAAGUACUGCGAGAAAAUAAGCAUUAUAGAGCAUAAUGGCAAAGGAUUAGUAGGGGUGCUCAGCUCCACAGAGAGACGGGUUCUGCUUAUAUACGGAAAGGAGGUAGCCAAGGACAUUAGUGUCUCAAAGCAGGCAAAGAAUAUAAAGAUAGUCACAUGGAAAGACAAGCCAAUGUGCCUUAUAUCCGAAGGGAAUGCAGUUCGGGUUGUGAGUGCCUUCGAUGAGGAAGACAGAAUAGUGGAGACAGAGCACAUCAGCAACAUUACACAAAUAGAGUACAAAGACAACACGGUCUACACUAUAUCCAGCGAGGGCAUUGUCUGCUCCUUUAGCAUGGAUGAGACACUAGCCACUGCUAUUUAUGUAGAUGCAGAGGGAUUAGAGAGCAUUGGAGUAUAG